AUGAAAAUGGUGGCUGGAAAUGACUCCUUAGUGACUGAAUUUAUUCUUGCUGGAUUAACAGACCGCCCAGAGCUCCAGCAACCCCUCUUUUAUCUGUUUCUCAUGAUCUACAUUGUCACAGUGGUGGGCAACCUUGGCUUGAUCAGUCUCAUUGGCCUUAACUCUCACCUCCAUACCCCCAUGUACUAUUUCCUUUUCAAUCUGUCCUUCAUUGACCUGUGUUACUCUUCUGUUUUCACCCCCAAGAUGCUGAUGAACUUUGUAUCAAGGAAGAAUAUCAUCUCCUAUGUGGGAUGCAUGACUCAGCUGUUUUUCUUCCUCUUUUUUGUCAUCUCUGAAUGCUAUAUGUUGACCUCAAUGGCCUACGAUCGCUACGUGGCCAUCUGUAAGCCCCUGCUGUAUAAGGUCUCCAUGUCCCGUCAGGUUUGCUCCAUGCUGACUCUCGCUGCAUAUGUGAUGGGAUUCGGUGGAGCUGCUGCCCACACAGGGUGCACGCUUAGACUAACCUUCUGCAGUGUGAAUGUCAUCAACCAUUACCUGUGUGACAUCCUCCCUCUCCUCCAACUUUCUUGCAGCAGCACCUACGUCAAUGAGGUAGUAGUUCUCAUUGUUGUGGGAAUUAAUGUCACAGUGCCCAGUUUUACCAUCCUGAUUUCUUAUAUCUUCAUCCUCACCAGCAUUGUUCAUAUCAAAUCUGCUCAAGGAAGAUCAAAAGCCUUCAGUACCUGUAGCUCUCACAUCAUUGCUCUUUCUGUUUUUUUUGGGUCUGGGGCAUUCAUGUACCUUAAAUAUUCCUCUCCUGGAUCUAUGGAGCAGGGAAAAGUUUCCUCUGUUUUCUAUACUAACAUAGUGCCCAUGCUCAAUCCUCUGAUUUAUAGUUUGAGGAAUAAGGAUGUCAAAGUUACUUUGAAGAAAACCCUGAUUAAAAUACAGAGGAGAAAUAUAUUCUAG